UCUGGCAUCGCUUGGACAAUGCGAGCUGGACACAGAGAACAUGCUCGUGGACUGUCCGAGAGUGUGCAAGAACCCGUGUGCUUGUCAGGGAGUGGACACACAGGACAAAAGGUGCGAUUGUUUAGUACAGGCGAAGGAAGGAUAUUGCUACGACACAGAGGCAAUGGUCGACUGUCUGACAACAUGUACUAAAGUUUUAGAAGUGCAGUGCCCGGUACCCCCGCUGCCACAAGACCCUAACGCCCAUCUGUCUACCUACCUCCACGGGUACCUGGCGAACGUCACAGAGGUCUGCAACGAUGGCUACGUGCCUGAAAAUCCAAGAAACAUGGGGAUGAUUUUCUGCUUGAGCGAUGGCACUUGGAAAAAAGACUUAACACACGGUCCCUCGGUUAAGUGUAUAGCCAUAGACUGUCACAGUCCACCAGACUCAGCCCAUACGAUCAUCGAGGUGACCGACACAACGGUGACUCACACGGCCAACUAUACCUGUGACACAGGCUACCUGCCCACGUCAGGUGAACCAACACUCACCUGUGGGCUAGACGGGCAGUGGUCAGGGAGUGUCCUCACCUGCAUAGUGAUUGACUGUGGGGCCCCUCCCACAUCAUCCCACGCCAUCAUCGUCGUGACCAACACCACCUACAACCACACGGCCAACUACACGUGUGAGGCAGGUUACCUGGGUACACCAGAACGCUCCACCCUCACCUGUGAACUUGAUGGCCAGUGGUCAGGGGAUGUUAUUACAUGCACAGAAAUCGACUGCCACGCGCCGCCGAGCUUCCCCAACACUGCGCUGGACGUGUCUGGCACCACGUACAAACAACAGGCAGACUACACCUGUCUACCUGGCUACACCAGCCCACAGGGUCAAGGGUCACUGGUCUGUGAGUCGGACGGGCAGUGGACAGGAGCUAACCUCACCUGCACACCGGUUGACUGUCUAAGUCCGCCUGACUCAAGUCAUGCAGUCAUAGACGUGACCAACACGACCUACGGACACACGGCCAACUACACCUGUCAACUUGGGUACACCGGGGUACCAGAACGUUCCAGUUUAACCUGUGGACCGGAUGGGCAGUGGUCUGGGACUGUUGUCACCUGUGAAGAAAUCGACUGCCGAGACCCUCCAGCGUCUCCUAACGCCGUCAUCGGUGUGAGCGCCACAACGUACGGUCAAACCGCCAACUACACGUGUGAGACGGGAUAUGUGAGCACACCUGCACGCGCGACACUCACCUGCGGACAGGAUGGCCAGUGGUCAGGAAGUGCCGUGUCCUGCAUUG